AUGUCAGAAACGAGACCAUCGAUACCGAACAUACUUGCCGAUGAUGGUGUGUUGGAUGCCUCAGUCGCGCGAGGGAUCUCAGAACCCCUCUCUGGAACGUUGAAUAAUCUGGAGGAGAAGGUGUUCGACCUCGGCUCCUGGGGUAACGAUCCCCUCCAAUCGGACGUCUACCGUUGGUACGAGAGCCUUCGUGCGCGCAAUGGUUCCCCCGAUGGCAAGGAUCCUACAAAAAUAGAAAAAUUACAGGUCUGGAGUCUCAACAGGUAUUCGAAAAGGCUUACCCACCGUUUCGUCUUGCUGCACAUGGCUGAUGGAAAAGCUGUACACCAAUUGGACAGGCGCGCCACGGACCAGGCCAAUCCCUCGUUGUUCUCCGGUUUAUCCAGCGGUACGCCAGGAGUGAGGUUUACAGACGAGAUGAGGGUCAAUCUCAAGGUCAAUCUCAAUAAGCUGGCGAGGAAGAGUCACCUCGAGGUCGAGAUCCAGCUUGGGGGCAAAAUCGAUUUGCUCGUCGUACUGUUGUCGUGUUAUCGGAUAUCUAAGCAUAAACGGGCGAAGAGAUACGACCUUCGCGAUUACAAUUGUUUCUUUUACUCGUGGACAAUCUUGACAAUCGUUGCAAGGCGCCUAUUGGACAUCGAGUCCCCAUUCAUCGCUAAAGACGAGCUGAUGGACCGCUUGCAGCGCAAGGAGCACCUACCCGCCCUUGCAGAGUCCAUCGUAGACUCAGCGGUGCACACACUUCGAGACUCGGUUCUAGCAGCUGUCAGCGUCUUUAGAGAGCAGGAACAAAGACACACCGACGAGGGGAAGCGUAUCGGAGAAGGGUUGACUAUCAUCACUCGAAUGGUUUGGCAGCUACCGGAUGGGAUCCUCAAGCCGUUCGCCAAGCUGGUACUCAACUCCAAACUCCCGUCGAAUCUACGGGAUACGUUGCUUAAACAGAUAAAGAAGGCGUUCGCCGAAAAGGCGCAUGACGUGUACAAGCAAGUCCUCGACCAUAUCGACAUCCCUCAGGCUGCACGCGAUCGGUUGUGGGUAGACGAUGGCGUCAAGCAAAUUAUUCGGUGUGAAGUCGAGAAAGCACUGAUUGAGCAGCUGUGGCCGGCAGUUGUCGACGCUAUCAACGUUGGAUAUGGGCAGGAUGUCCACUCGGCGAGAGAUAUAGCACAAAAUGUCAUUGCUACAAAGCGCUGGUGGCAGCUUGCUGAGGCUAGAACUGUUCAGUUUUGGGCUGUUCAGGCUGCCGCUUUACACGGAGGUUUGAAGGAGUUAGGGAUUACUACACCACGAGAGCAGGUGGAUAGAAUUAAGGCGGAAGCUCGGUCGGAAGCUCCAGAUGAUCCUUCCGAACAAUUGAAGCUACUGAAUGAAGGGAUGUUUGAUUUGGCUUGGAAUAGUGCUCGAGACGGCGCCCUGUGCUUUGCUCAAGACGCUGUUCGGGCCACUGAAUCUACGCUGCAUCCGAAACACCACAAGUCCAGGGAAAUCAUGUGGGGGACAAUAUGGGGAUUGUGGGACAAGUGUUGGGAGGAGGCUUGUAAACGUGCAAAGACCCUCGUCCUAAACGCACUUGGUAUCGUCGUGCAGGCUAUCCUCAACGCCAGUGUCAAGAUUGUACUUGAUGAGCUCAGCGUCGGAAAAAACCAGCCCACUGUACGUGUUCGUCGGCCCAAGAGAGUUUUCGAUAUCGAGUUGAGCGCGUCAAUUUGGGAUGAGGAGCCUUCCAUGACAGGUCUAGCACUGCAGCAAUACAUACAAGUGUUGAUGAAGAGGGGGAAACUAGGCCGUCCUGAUAUUUUGCAGGGCACCAUGGCUGAGAUAUGGAAGGAACUCGCGGCCGCCGACUUUGAUUUUGGCAAGAUUGUGCGGUGA